GAUGCGGUGAGAAAGGUCGACAAAGUGUAUCAGCAUUUACUAUACUAGUCACUUAAUCAGCGUUUAAUAGACAAUUUUAUUGGCGCAAUUAGUGUUGUUAUCAGUAUUCGCGAGUAUGUUUAACAAUAAGCGAGGAAAUCAUCGAGCAGAAGUCUUGAACGAGACUCACUACAGAAAUGACAGUUGGUGGAAGAGAAGAACUACGCACGAAAAAAUUCUCACUUGCAUAAGUACGAUUUGCGCAAGCACGGUUGCGGUGCUACUGGUGUCGUUAUUUUUCGUACUGAUCAAUUGCCGUGCUCCAGAAUCAGCGCAUACUCCACUAGUACCAGAAGCGCUAACAAGCUUGCAGAAUAAAGAAGAUGGCCCAAUUAAACUACGUGAAGCACGAUCUGCUAGAACAAAGUUGUGUCUUAACGAGGGAUGUGUUCACUCAGCUUCAAAUAUGCUUAGACGGAUGGAUCUUAGCGUAAAACCGUGUGACGAUUUCUACGAAUACGCUUGCGGUCAAUUUGUGAACGAAACGUACAUCCCAGAUAACAAGGUUUCGAUGAAUACCUUUUCACUCAUAAGAGAUCAACUGAAGGAACAACUGCGAAUGCUCGUGAGUGGAGAAGUCGUUGCCAGCGAAGCAAAACCAUUUAAGAUUACCAAGCAGCUGUUUGCGAAAUGCAUGAAUAAAACGCACAUUGAAAAAUCGGGAAAUGCACCAUUGGAAGAUAUUCUGAACACGAUGGGCGGCUGGCCAGUAUUACAAGCAGAACAAUGGAACGCCGACUCCUGGUCUUGGGAGAAGUCGGUUAAAGACUUUCGUCAACAUGGGUACAGUAUCAGCUACAUUCUAGGAUUUUCUGUCGGCAGUGAUUCGAAAAAUACUUCCUAUCGAACCAUCAAAGUGGAUCAAGCUAGUUUGGGGGUGAAUCGAGAAUAUCUCAUCAAAGGUCUAAAUCACCCGAUCGUAUCUGCCUACUACAGUUAUAUGGUUGAUAUCGCUGUUCUGCUUGGUGCCAACGUAAACCGUGCGAAAGUUGAGUUAUACGAGUCACUCGCCUUUGAAAUUGCACUAGCAAAUAUUUCACUACCGAAGGAACAACGUCGUAAUAUCACAGCGCUGUAUAAUCCAAUGACGGUGAAAGAAUUUCAUAAUAAAUAUCCAUACACUGAUUGGAUUCAGUACUUUAAUGCAAUAUUUGAAGGUACCGGAAUAUCCGUGGGAGAAGAAGAGAUCAUUAAUGUCGCCGUACCGUCCUACGUGGAGCAGCUAGGACCCCUACUCCGAAGUACUUCGAAGAGAACAUUGGCGAAUUACGUGAUGUGGCGAGCCACUGGAUCUUCAAUCUUCUCACUCACUGAAGUAUUCCGUGAACGGCAGCUUAAAUAUAGUACAGUUGUCAGUGGAAAGCAAGAACUCGAACAACGGUGGCAAGAAUGUGUAGAUGUUGUGUCUAAUGGUUUGCCUAUAUCUGUUGGAGCUCUCUACAUUAGAAAGCAUUUUAGAGAAGAAGCAAAAAGCACUGCCAUGGAUAUGGUCAGAAGCAUUAAAGCAGCAUUCAUUGAUAUUCUGGAGAAAGUGAGCUGGAUGGACGAAAUUACACGCCUAUCGGCACUAGAUAAAGUAGAAGCGAUGGCCACCCAUAUUGGUUUCCCAAAAGAGCUGAUGGAUAUUGCGAAAAUAACAGAGCACUACGCAGACUUACACAUUAAUUCAAACGAUAGUUAUUUGAAAAGUAUUUUGCAUUUGAAUAAAUUUCAAGCCACCAAAUCAUUCCAAAAACUUCGUUUGCCAGUUAACAAAACCGAAUGGAUACGACACGCGCGACCAGCAGUCGUAAAUGCAUUCUAUUCUCCUAUUGAAAACAGCAUUCAAUUCCCAGCCGGCAUCCUCCAAGAUCACUUCUUUGCUUACGAUCGACCGAAAUAUUUAAACUAUGGAGCGAUUGGAUGGGUCAUAGGACAUGAGAUUACGCAUGGCUUCGACGAUAAAGGUCGACAGUAUGAUAAAAAUGGUAAUUUGUACGAUUGGUGGCAGCCGACCACCAAAAAAGCUUAUUUGGAAAAAGCACGAUGCGUCAUAGAACAAUACGGAAACUACACCGAACCAGAUGUAAAACUAAACCUGAAUGGUGUCAGCAACCAGGGGGAGAAUAUUGCUGAUAACGGUGGAAUUAAGGAAGCCUACUAUGCGUACCGAAACUGGGCACAAAAGCAUGGUACCGAGCCGCAGCUUCCGGGAUUGGACCUGUCUCCAGAACAAAUGUUUUGGCUAUCGGCGGCCCAAACCUGGUGUUCCGUAUAUCGACCAGAAGCAAUGAGAAAGCGGAUAACCACUGGAGUUCACUCACCGGGCCGCUUUCGAGUGAUCGGUCCGUUCAGCAAUAUGCAUGAAUUCGCAAAAGAUUUUGGCUGUCCCACAGGAGCUAAGAUGAAUCCUGAUCGGAAAUGCGAGGUAUGGUAAAUGAUUGAGGCGUAAUAUAUGCGUGAUUAUGGUGUUUAGCAGAGCAAUAAACGCUCGAUAAAAUUUUAAUCAAAGGUUUAUUAUUAGAUUGUUGCCGUGUCAUUCCGCAAAUCUCGCUAUGAAUCUUUGAUCUGUGAUUUACUAUGGUCUAAUCCAAUUAUCGAAUAUUCCCCCUAAAAAUGAUUUUGCAAUCACAGGAGGACGUAUCGUGACAAUUCACUAUAUUUUAAACACAUAACGUAGUCUUGGAUUACAAUGUACCUAUGAAGUUAUUGAUAUUUUGUCACAUUCUUCAUUUUCGCCUUCGCGAGCUUAAUAUUGUUCAAAUGACCAUGUAGUAAUAAGUUUGAAUCCGGAGGCAAAAAUCGGAUAGGUAAAUUGAUUAUUUCAUUAAACUGGAAAUUUCGCUCUGUAACUUAUUUCCCUAAACUGAGAAAACUAAUAUCGCUCAUUACAUUUAAAGACCUUUUCCUAAGUUCCAUAACCAAGUUAACCAUUAGCGCUAUAAUAAUACGUUUUGAUUUGAAGCUAUUUGAUAGGAAUUUCUGUUUUGAGUUUUGAUCGAACAUAUGUUCUAGCAUAAACCAUGAGAAAUCCGAUUUUCACAGGAAGAUGAAAUUCGGUGUUUAACUUAUCAUAUGGAUGGUAGUUCACAAUAUUAUUUUCAACAAAUUUGGUCACCAAUAAAC